AGUAAAACGAAAGGUUAUGUGUUUUCUAUGCAGCAAAGAAUACUAUUACUUGGCUAGGAAUUAUUUAAGCGACCGGUCGCCUACCGGUACCUGAACCAGCUGCCGAACUGCCAUGAUGACACUUGCAUCCAGCACACUUCAUACCCAGUUAAUUUCGUUCAUACUGAGGCUAGGAAUGUGGGUCAAUAUCUGAGCUUAUCGCGCCGAAGAGGCAAAAAACAUGCUUUCUGCCAGACCAUCUCUGCUUAUACUAGCCUGCUUACUUUUUUUAGCACAACAGCAUGUGAGGAUGCCGCGGGGCCUGCGCCCGCCAGGCUUCCAUCGCCACUGAACUCCUUUUCCUUCGACAUAUAGCUUUCAUACCAGUCGGUUAUUUAUCUACUCAGGUAUCUGGCGUCGUGGCCCCGUGGACCAGCCGGCAAUUGCUCGCCACGACUUGCUACAAGGAUGACCAGUGCGACGCAACCCAGUUCUGCCUUCGCCCAGCCCUCGGAAGCGGCACAGGCUCUUGCGCAUCAUGUUGGCGCUGCUGCCUGUUCCCAGGAGUGUAUGGCACUUGCCCGGACAGCUGCAACUGCAACGUGGGGCAAGUGUGCGAGGCGCGGGAGAGCUGCGGCAGCGGGCUGUUCUGCAGCGUGGAAGAUCCCUGGGAGGCGCCACUGUGCCAGCGCUGCGACCGCUGCACCAGCGACAGCUUCGAGCUGCAGGGCUCCUGCGGCCACGCAUGCGCCUCCGCCGACAUGUCCGGCCUCAGCGACCUGCCGUACGUCACCCCGCAGCACUUCCUCUUCCUGUCCUUCCUGGCGCACGACAUAAGCCAGCAGGGCGCCAACGUGCCCUCCGUGCUGCUGGCGAGUGAGCUGGCCUCCUGGGUUGCAGCUCAGGGGCUGAGCGGCGAGCAAGCCAACCUGACGGUAUCUCGGCUGCUUGGCGUCACCGCGGCAACAACAGCGGCGGAAGCAGCUGCGGCAGACGGAGGAGGCGGAAGGGACUACGCAGCUGAUGAGGGGAGCCUAGUGGUCACAACGAAAGACUGGAUGCAACGUCUUUCGGCGACGACGUCCCUGUCGCUGCUGUGCCCCGCCUACGACCCGAGCCUAGCCUGGGGCGAGCAGCCUGCCGUGGUAACUCCAGGCUGCUAUUGCAACGCCACCCGCGGCGCUGCUACCUUCCGCUGCGCCGCCGGCAGCCGCUGCAGCCGCUCCGCCUUCCGCGGACUGGACUCAGAUGCGCCGAUGGCGCCCACCGCCGCCCUGCUGCGCGCGCUGUGCGUGGCGUGUGAGGCGGGGCAGUACUGCGGAGAGGGAACAUACCUGCAGAACGAGAGUGACCUGAGCUCGCUGGACUGCCCGGCGGGGUUCUACUGCCCCAGCCCCGCCCAGAAGCUGGAGUGCCCCGCGGGCUCCUUCUGCUCCGCGCGCUCGGUGUCGGCCAUCACUUGCAACUAUGAGUCGCUGCUCAUGAGCCAACCGUACCAGCUGCUGCCGUUGGAGCCGGAAACCGUUGUUCGACGGUUACGUGACAAGCGGGACCCGCUGCGCGGUAAUUACUGCCCCGCACAGUCGACCAAGCCGUAUGUGGUCUGCAGCGCCGGCUACUACUGCCCCAACGUGUCGGCCAUGCUGCCCUGCCCGCGCGGCUACUUCUGCAAGGCGCAGUCCACCAGCCCCUGGAAGUGCUCCUGGCUCAGUCACUGCCCCGAGGGCACGGAGGUGCCGCGGAUGAGCUUCAUGGCGCUGCUCAUCGCAGCUAUCAUUGUGUGCGGCAUGCCGCUGAUCCACCUGUUCCUCACGCACCUGGACAACUCGGUAAUCAUGGAUGCGGACGAGGAGGGCGCACGGGGGCGGGACCCGCACCGGGCGGCAGCCUGCCGCAUGACCAAGCAGCUGCUGAAGUCCAUCAAGCUGUCCCACAGCCCGCUAGAGAACAAGUACCGCGGCUUUCGCCAGGUGUCCCCGCCCAUCACCUUGGAGUUCGAGACCCUGGGGCUGCAGAUCCACACGCGCGGCGGGCUGGGCGGCGAGGCGUCCAAGCGGGUAGUGCUGCAGGGCGUCAGCGGCUCCUUCUCGCCGCGCCGGCUGAACGCCAUUCUGGGGCCCUCGGGCUGCGGCAAGACCACGUUCCUGAACGUGCUAUGUGGCAAGAUCUCCACGGGUGUGAUCAUGGGCCAGGUGCGGGUGAACGGGGAGGACAUGCCCGUGACGCGACUCAAGAAGAUCACGGGCUUCGUACCCCAGGACGAUAUCGUGCACGAGGACCUCACAGUGCGGGAGAACCUCAACUACUCCGCUCGCCUGCGCCUGCCCUCCGACUUCACCCGCAGCCGCCGCCGCGACGUGGUGCAUGAUGCGCUGGAGAUGCUGGGUCUCUCCGCCAUCCAGCACUACCGGGUUGGCACGGUGGAGCGAAGAGGCAUCAGCGGUGGGCAGCGCAAGCGCGUCAACAUUGGGUUGGAGCUGGUGGCUGUGCCCUCGCUGCUGUUCCUGGAUGAGCCCACAUCGGGGCUGGACGCCACCUCCUCCGCAGACAUCCUCACAUCCCUCGGCGACAUGGCCAACCUGGGAAUGAACAUCAUCAUGGUCAUCCACCAGCCUCGCUUCUCCAGCUUCCUCAUGUUUGACCAGGUGUUGCUACUGGGCACGGGCGGCCGAACCGUCUACUUGGGCAGUCCCUACGCCGCCAUGCUCUACUUCACCAAGUACCUGGGAUACAGGUUCCCCGACCGUGAGAACCCCUCCGACAUCCUGAUGGAUAUCAUUGCGGGCAAGCUGCCGUGCGCGGAGGACCCCAAGCUCAAGAACUGCUCCCAGCUGGUGGACAAGUGGACGAGUGGCGGCAUGGCCUGGGUGGAGACGCUGGAGACGCUGAACCCCACAAUGGUCACCAAGAUGAGCGAUGUGGACCCCGCCAUCAUGCUUGCCAUUGAUGAGGAGUUCGACAUGCUUGAUGAGGACGGCAAGGGGCAAAUCAAUUCGGGGCAGUUGGUCAAGCUGUUCGACGCACUGGGCCAGGACAUCUCAGUAGAGGACGCCAUCAUCCUCAUCCGAAAGAUCAACGCCAACCGACCAGCCUCAGCCAAGCCCGGCACAGCUAGCAACUCCACCACCGGAACACUCUACGCGGAAGACGCUGAUGGUCUGACCAUCACCAAGCAGCAGCUGCUCGACGCCUUCCACGGCGUGCGUGAGGGCAACGGUGAGGCGCCGGGCGAGGGCGGGGCGCAGCGCAGCGCGGCAGCAAAGUUCUACGCCUCUCAGUUCCUGCUGCCCGACCUGCCGGAGGUCCGGGACGCCAGGGAGGUGGAGAUGACCCGCAGGCGCCGCAAGGCCCGCGAUCCGGCAAGCACUCCCCGAGGCUCCAAGAUGUCACAGGGCAGCCCUAUCAAAACCGGCGGGCGCAACAGUCCCAUGGGUCACCGCGACAUGAUCAUACUGGCAAAUAGCUCCGCCGGCGGAAGCAGCUACUCCGACUCGGGCGACCAGUUUGAGAACGGGAUUGACAGCUACAGCCCCAUGCGUUUCCACAGCCCUAGGAUCGGCCACUCACCCAAAGGGGCAGGAACGGGAUCAGGAGCAGGGACUAUGUCAGGAGGGGGCGCUGGUGCUGGUGUUAGUUCUGGUAUCAGUGGUGGUGGAGUAGGCAAUCCGGUAGUGGAGAGCGUAAUGCGAAGGGGCACCCUGUCGCCUGGGCGCGGCGGUGACGUCAGCAACGGCAACAGGACUAUCCGUACGGUUAUGCCGCCGCCAGGGAUGGCGCUGGCCAACGGUACGGCAACCAACAGCUCUGCAGCUGGCACCGAUGAAAGCGAUGGAGGAGCUGUCAGCAGCGGAAACCUGGUUGCGUAUGCCGCAAAGCACAGGGCAGCAAAUCCUAGGCUUGCACCGGUGAUCGGAUCCAACGGCGGGGAAACGGGGAACGAGGGCGGAGAUGGGGGUGCGAACGGGCACGCUGGCGGUGUCGGCCGUUACCGGGCUGGCGAUGAGGACGAGUUAGAGCGCGUUUUCGGCUACCACCACGAAAUCGAAAUCGCCGCCGGCGGCGGUGGUCACGAUGGCGAGGAGGAGGGUGACGAGGAGGGGCUGUCAGUGGCUCCAGGGUUGGUAGCGACUAGCUUGGCGGCAAUGGAGGCGCUUGCAAGGGCGGACGUGCCGCUGCCUCAACUGCCGCGGCGAGUCGCGGAUUCGCGUACGGAUAGCGGGCGGCCCUGCCGCUCCGACCGCCGUAGCACCACCUACAGUGCCAUUGAGGCUUACGUGAAUACUUAUAACAAGAUGGCGGCGACGGCAGCAACAACAGGACGUACGGCUGCAGCGAGCAGCGGCGGUGGCGGCGGAGGUAUGAGUGGUGGUGGUGGAGCCAAGCCGGCGUCGAUUACGCAUACUAGUGCCUCUGCGGCGGCGGCGACGGCUCGACGAGCGAGUCUAAAGGCAGCCCGGGCUGUUGGAUCAGUGACGAGACGUGCAGGGGGAUCGGUGAUCGGCGAGGGAGAUAUGUGGGCACGUAAGGAACCUUCGACGUCAUCUUCGGCAGCAGCAGCGGGAACGCCGCAGCACGGUGUGGCCGCCCCUGCGCGACUCGUGAGGCGGUCCGGCAGCAGUGCUGGCGGUGACAUCGGACCCGCAACACCUAGCGCCGCGCCGCCGCUGCCGCCGCUGCUAAUACAGCUCAUGGGAGGUGGCGGAGGCGCCGCCGUGGUCGGCCGGAGGUCUGCCGCUGGGCCUGUCGCUGAAGGCACGGAGACGGAGGCUGAUGCUGCUGCGGCCGACACCGCAGACGCUGCUGACGGCAUGCUGAGCACCUUUUCCAUGAAAGCUGGAGCUUGGAGCAGCGCCGCCGCUGGCAACGCCAACGAUGGUCGUACCAUGCCCAUGAACAUCCCCCUGCCGCCGCUGCCGCCGCCGCCGUUGCAGCCCCUUUGGCAUCACCGCAAGCCCCUGAAACACUCUGCCUCCUCGCCGCUCCAAUCGGACGAUGAGGACAGCCGAAGCGGCGGUGGCGCCGGCGGCGUCAGCGGCAGCAGCCCACCACAGGGCUCCCCGCCACAACACCUCGGCGGCGUCCUGAUCUCCCCUAACUCGGGUUCCCAUAACCACAUGCACCUGGGCCUGGCCACAUCCGCCGGCGGCAUGGGGUCCUUCAUUCAACACAACGAACGUCGUACACCUCAAAGUCGCUUGGCGGUAAUGACCAGCGCCGCACCCACGGCGUCAGGCGGCGAUCCAACUGCGGCAUCACCGCCGGCCGAGCCGGCACCCGUGUUUGACCAUUACUACAGUGACGGAGGCGGCCGCGGCAGCGGCGGCGGCGCCGCCACCAGAACCUUGAAAAGCCCGAUGCGACAUGGCUUUGGCAUGGCUGCAACCGGUAGCGCUGAGAGGCUGCUUCCCAUUGUGGUCCGUGGAGAGGCAGAGAGCAGUCCGCUGCCUAAGUUGGACGCAUUAGGCGGCGGCAGCCAGACGGGUAGUGGAGCUGGGGGAUCGGGGGGCGGCAGCAAGCCAAGGAGGGCGAGUUUGGGCGGCUUAAGUCCCGCUGGACAUAAGCAGCGUCGGCAGAGCUUGUUGCAGGCUUCCUUCAACGACUUGGAGACCUCGGAAGGCGGCAGCGGCACCCGCAAGCAGAAGAAGGACACCAUCUACGUCAACAACUUGCUGUCUAACGCCCUCGUGGGUGCCUGGGCGGCCACUCAGUCCGUGUCCACAGUCCGCAGCGCCCACUCCGCAGCCCGGCUCACGCGACCCGGCGCCAUCGGCCACACCAGCAGCGGCGGCGGCGCCUCUCUCCCGCCUGGCACCUCCGCCACCGCCCCCGGCUGCCUGUCCUCAUCUCCCGCGCAUGGCGGCCACUCCCACCUCCACGUGCAUGGUGCGCAGCUGUCGCUAACUGCCAAGGCCACCAUGGCCGGGGCGCGAGGCGGCGCAGUGGCCCGUUCGCUGGCCAGCAUGACGGCGCUGGGGCUGGCGUCCAAGGCAUCUUCCUCCAUGGGUGGUGGCCUGCACGGCCCCCUGGCUGCCCGUUUGGCAGUGGAAGAGGCCCUGGUGGCUCGCAAGUCGCAAGGCUUCUUCGCGCAGCUGGCAUUCCUGCUGCGGCGAGGUGGUGUCAAGUACGUGCGCAGCUUCUGGCCCAUGCGGGUUGUAGAUGCGCUGCUGCAGCUGGCGGCGGCCUUCGUCAUCGGACUGGUGCAUGGCACGCACUGGGGUCUGAGCUCCGUGCCCAGCAACGCCGUCAUGUGUAUGGUGUGCCUGGGCGUGCUGUCCUGCGUGACGCACCUGCGCACCUUCAGCCAUAACCGCGUGCUGCUGUGGCGCGAGUCGGCGAGCGGCAUGUCGGUGGCGGCCUACUACCUGGCGCAGAACGUAAUCGAUCAGCUUUGGGUGCUGGCGGCGCCGGCGCUGAGUCUGGGCGUGUACUACUACCUCACGCUGCCGCGAAUGCCCUUCAACGAGUUCUAUGUGGUCGGCCUGCUUGUGUGCUGGUGGGCCAGCGGCAUGGCCUAUCUGGUAUCCGCGGUGCUGCCGCCGCAGAACGUGCUUAUGGCGGGCGUCUUCAUCUCCCUCAUCUUUGGCGCCUUCCUGCACGGCCUGUCGCCCACCAUCGCCUCCACACGCGGAGGGCUGCUGGAGGGCGUUCUGGGCUUCAGUUACAAUCGCUGGGCCAUGGAGAUCGUCACCAUCAGCGAGAUGAAGCACUACCAGGACGACAUGCGCAACGUGAUCAUUAUGACGGCCAAGGGCAUCGGGCUGUGCGGGGUGGACCAGCUGCUGGUGGAUGAUGGCAACGAUGAGAUAUCGGCGCAGGAGGCGCUUAGCUUCCUACGGGUGCAGGAGAACUUCAGCAUCAACUACUGCGACCGUUACAAGUCGGUUGCGUACGGCAGCUUAGUGGCGCUUGGAUUCGGUUUCCGCCUGGUGGCUUUCAUCUUCAUGCGGUACACCUGCGCCACCAGACACUAGAGACAUAACGCUAGCGCCGUCGUAUCCUCUAGCAUGCAACAUAAGGUUGUUGCAACUGCAUCUGUUUGUCCAUGCGUGGUUUCCGUGCUGAAGAUUGAAGGGUUGAGGAGGGCGGGUAUAUCUAGUAUCUAGUUUAUAACCCCCAUACCGUCACAAGCCGGGGGGUUAGUAAGUUCUAUCCCUGCCAGCAUUGCCACUCUCGGAGGACAGCACUACCGGAAGGUUCGUCCCGUCCGAUGUUACAGCCUGCUGGAUACAUACACGGGGUGCUUUCCGGUUGCUGACUGGCGACCCAUGGGUCAUGUAUGUAGUUGCAAGCGGCCCUUGUUGGUAGUGCAGGCUUCUUCCUAGAGCGUGACCUCCGCCUGGUAAAAUAUGUUAGAAUUCAUUAUUAGUGUCAGUACCGCGCAAUGUCUGUGAUGAAGGAGGCAUGAGGGUAGCUGAGAGAUUGCAUUAGUGGUUUUGCAUGCGUGCGUGCGUGCAUGCAUGCAUGCAUGCAUGCAUGCGUCCAGAGGCAGUGCUGCACAAGCGCAUGCAACCCUUUCUUGCUCCAUUUUUGCGUAUCCAUCUGCGUUUGUUAUUGUAACGCAUUGACAUGUUGCAAAGUACGGAUGUCUGGGUUCGUUGUCCUCAUGCUAUGCAUAUGUUACUACUGAGGACCGGCCCUACGUUAUUACUAAGAGCCGUGCACGUGCGUUGCUUCAAGACUUGAGUACGCAUGCCACGUUUGCGCCCACCUACCUAAUCGGGCUAUGUAGGACCCCUUCCGUACGGCUAAGCUGGACGAUUGCGUAGCCAAUUCUAUGUUGUGGGCAUGUGCUAAUCUACAUGGGGUAUCUAUCAUGUGGUAGUACCAUUAAUCAUUAUUGCUUGAUUCGCAUACAAGCUGCACACGUGCUGCUGUGCAAACCACGUUAGAAAUUAGGUAUGGUGCGAGUUGGGGUUGUAAGCUAAUGACGCAGGGGCUGGGAGUGCAGGGUGGGUCUAAUAAGCAUAAUCCAUGCAAAGGACCGUCUGAUGUGCAUUUAUUGUGCCGCUGCGUGCGUGUUUGCCGCUGUAGUAGUUGCUGUACAUGCGGUAUGACUCACGAGUGUUGUAAACAAGGACAUGCAUGCCGGUGCUGAG